CCAGUUCAGUGUGGAGCUAAAUUCAGAGGACAGUUUAAAUAAGAAAAAUCCACAGCAAGUAGAACUACUUUUACAAAGGAAAUCAGGUUUACCAUGGGCAGUCUUUUCCAAAGGGAAUGAAUAACGAAGAGUUAUUUUAUGAACUUUACUGUGAAGAAGAAGCGGAUCCACAGUCAUCAGCUUGUUCUGCCUGAAAAGUUAAAAAUCAGCAGACUGAAGAAGGUAAUAAAGCUCUUUGCUCUCAUGUUAAGACAACUGUGUACACAAUCAGGAGCGAGUUAAUGUCUCAACAUUUGGACACUCCUGCUGGUGAAAUUGAGAGCUACAUGGUGAUCAACUGCAAGGAGAAAGAAACUGUGCCAACAGCGUCUGACACACACAGCCCAACAAACAGACCGGAGGAACUAAAUAACCCUCAGGUUCCUGAAGAAAUGCAGGAUGGGACGUUUGCUGAACCUCCACACACAGAAACAGACCUGGAGAGACUACUGAAGGAUCUGGGAUUGGAGCAGUACUACAGAGAGAAGCUGUCACUCAGCAAGAUACUCGAGAUUGAUAAGAAGACCAUCAAUGAUGAACCUGUAAAGUGCAAAUUGGACAUUCCAUGGUAUUUUCUAAAGAAACUGAUGAUGGUUAACGUGACAACUAGGGAUGCAAUAUGCACAUCAGUAGGUGAGCCAAAUUGUAAUGAAGCAUUAGAGACUUUAAAAUUAAACUUUGAUGAACAACUUGACAGUGCAAAUACUGGUAACGGGCUAAACCCUCUUGACAUAAUCACCACUCUCUUUCUGUGUUCUGAUGGUUUUGUACAACAAGAAAUGGCACUAAAAAUGUCAAUGUGUCAGUUCUCUGUACCUCUGCUGCUUCCCAACUGUGACACGACACAGUGUACACUCAUGCUGUGGGCCAUGAGAGACAUUGUGAAAAAGUACAGACCUCAACAUCUUUUAGAAUCCAAAGGCUUCAUUGAAGAAAGAAUUGUUCAUUCUCAACUUCCAAUGGUCUCUUUUGUGAGACUGGGUGAAUGCUCCUUGUCCAAGUCAGAGAUCCUCAACAAGCUUCUGAGCAGUUCUCAGCAGUACCAUGACACCUUUGUUCAUCACAACAUGGAGUGUGGAGACAGUCCAAGAAAAAUAUCCAAUGGAUUGACUGAAAUUACCUGGUACCUUCCUUGUGGAAACCAGAACAUGGACAUUUUUGUUGAGCCAGUUGCUAUAGCUAACCUUCAUGGUGACAUUGCUUCAUUUGAAACACAAUUCUCCUUUCUAUGUCAGACCUCUGCAGCAGUGUUUGUAUUCUUUGAUAAUUUGGACUUUGGAUGUGAGCUGCUAAUGAACCAAAACCUCAAAGCACAGAUCUUCUUGGUAGGAAACAAUCAGAACAAGAGCUUCAAUUCAAGCACUUUGAUGGAGGUCGCAACCAAGUUAAAAUUGACUAACAAUAACAUCAUAAUAAAGACAAAACAGAAAAAUAAUGCAAAGUUUGUGAAAUGUUUGAGAGAAUCAGUCAGUAAUGUAGUUGGGAACUCAAGGAUGAAGAUGUCACUAGAGCAGAUGGCUGAUGUGGCUCAUGAACUGGGAAUAUUGGUUGAUGAAAAUUCUCCAGAGUGCCAGGCUGGAAAGCAAAAAGCAGAUGCCAUCACUGAAGUCAUUCAAGACAUCCUUAAAUACAAAGAAGAUCAGCUUCCCUUGCAAGGAGAAAUAUGGAAGGAACUGACUCUUUUAGAGAUGGAAGAAUUUCGACUUAGAAAGAUUGGGUCUGAAAACAUAGAACAGUACAAGAGUGAUCUUCAGGUGCAGAAAGAAGAGCUGAGGAAGAAGCAGAACUCUUAUGACAUGUCAGCGGCUAUGACUUGCUUCAUUGAUGCCAUUUCCAGCUCAAGAACAGAGAGGUGUUAUUUCCUGAAAUGGAUGCGAAUGAACCUUGAUAACUUGUCUUGUUUAAAACUGUCUAAACUCAGGGAGCUGUACAAAGAGAAGUGUAAAGGCUCUGAAAACAAAGAAGAGAUCAAAGAAAUUGACAGACAACUUUCCAACAGCUCACUGGGAACUGAACACUUCUUCCGUGAUAUGGGUCAGAUCUACGAAGCUUCGGUUUCCCUUCCAGAAACAGACCCUUACCAUAAACAGUUGCAGCAUCUGCCCAAACUCUGUGCACAGCUGUUACUUGAUGGAUUUCCUCUUGAGCUUGUAGAUGGAGAUGCUUCCAACAUACCUCUCAGAUGGGUGAGUGAUGUUCUCUCUCAGCUCAAUGACUUAGUGUCUCCAAAGAACAAGAUCAUGGUCGUCACAGUGCUUGGAGUUCAGAGCACAGGAAAGUCCACUCUCCUUAACACCAUGUUUGGAGUUCAGUUUGCAGUCAGCAGUGGUCGAUGCACUCGAGGUGCCUUCAUGCUGCUCAUCAAAGUCAAUGAAGACGUCAAGAAAGAUCUCCACUGUGACUUCAUAGUGAUCAUCGACACUGAGGGCUUAAAGUCAUCAGAGCUGGCACAGCUGGACAAGAGCCAUGAACAUGACAAUGAGCUUGCAACACUUGUCGUGGGGCUGAGUGAUAUCACCAUUAUCAAUAUUGCAAUGGAGAAUUCAACAGAAAUGAAGGACAUCCUGCAGAUAGUGGUGCAUGCUUUCCUCAGGAUGAAGGAGGUGGGCAAAAAGCCCAAAUGUCUGUUUGUUCACCAGAACGUUUCUGAUGUUUCAGCCCAUGAGAAGAACCUGAGAGACAGGAAACUGCUCUUGCAACAGCUGAAUGAGAUGACCCAGGUAGCAGCUAAAAUGGAAAAGAAAGAGAAGAACAAGAGCUUCACUGACGUGAUGAAGUACAAUCCAGACACUGGGAACUGCUACGUUCCUGGACUCUGGAAUGGAAACCCACCAAUGGCACCAGUCAAUGCAGGAUACAGUGCGGCUGUCUAUGAACUCAAGAAAAACAUCCUCCAUCUACUGGGAGAGAGUGAAGCCUCUGCUAAUAACAUCUUGGAGUUUAGAGAGUGGAUGACCAGUCUGUGGAAUGCCGUAAAACAUGAAAACUUCAUCUUCAGCUUCAGAAACAGCCUCGUAGCGGAUGCAUACAUGAGACUCUGCACAGAGUUCAACAAAUGGAAGUGGGAGUUCAAGAAAGAAAUGUACACCUGGGUUACCAAAGCAGAGACGAGAAUCUCUAAUUUUGGUACCGUUGCUGCAAAAUCUGCAACAUCUGACAUGACAGAACUUCUCACUCAACUGAAAAGUGAAGCUGCAUCAGUGUUGUCUGAAUGGGAGACCAAGCUCCUGGACAAUCUGGAGGAAUACUUCAAGCAAACAGAGGGUCAUGUUCAUCUUGUUGCAAGAUACAGAGAGGAUUCUGCAAACAGUGCAAAGAGCCUUCGACAAGAAUUAGAAAACUCUGUAAUCAACCAGCUCACAGCAGCAGCUGAUAUCAGACGGGGAAUGAAAGAACUGGAUGAAAUCAAGAAGAAUCACACAACAGUAAUAGAGAAAGCAGUGUGUGAGUUAAUUGAUGAAUGUCGAAAGAAAAAGGUUGAGAUGACAGAGACAGAGCUGGACAAAGAAUUUGAUAAGAUGUGGAGUGAAACGUUAAAGAAACUGUCUUUCUCUGAACAAAAGCCCAAAGAUGUUUUCAACAGUGUGUCUUACUGUCUGAUAACUAAUCUGUCAGCAAAGGGGAGCCACACUCAUAAAAUGUUGAGUGAAACAAGCAUCAAAGAUUGUGGGUUGGAACCUUUCAAAUGCAAAGAUGAUGUAAAGAUGAGACAACAAAUAGCUGACAGCAUCAUAGAUUCCUGCACUCAGUUUGUAGCAGAAAAAGUGGGAAGAAAUUAUGAUUAUCAUGACGCUUACAUUCAGGAGAUGCUUCACAUUAUUGAUGAAAGCCUGGAAAAAUCCACAGAUAUGAACAUAGAUAUUGAGUUUGAGGUUUCUCUAAAACAGCACAUCUGUGGAUUUGCAGCGAGAGACUUUCAUAAAAUGCAUUUAAAGUUUCUACAUGUAAAUGAUCCUUGUAUAUGUCUGGAUCAAAACAAAGAAAAGUUCCGAGAUGAUUUCAAAGACGUGUUCCAUGAACGAGACCAGUGUCAGAAGAAGGCUGCAGAAUUCACAGAACAAUGUCUGAAGGCUGCUGUUGAGGACUUUGUCAACCGUUCCCUUGGUCCUGAUAUCAUUGAUGAAAUGCUGAUGAAGGAGCAGUUCAGCACACGAAUGUCCUUCCAGUAUUCACUUUUACUGGAUAUGCUAUCAGAUGGUAAGUUUGAUGAUUUCUACAGAUAUUGUUCUUCUUAUGAGAGUUAUGUAAAAGAAAAAAAUCUUCAACAAGUGAAGAAACAUUUUUCAAACAGCUCUGCAACGUUUGAGUUUGAGGACAAACAUCUUAAGUCAAGGAUCAACAGCAUAAAUGACGCCAUCAAACACACCAAAGAAAAGAAGUGUGGUGACUUGAAAACAUUUGUUGAAGAAAUCUGCAAAGAACUUGGUGAUAAACUAGUCAUUUCCCAGGAUGCUCUUGGUGCUUUCAUGAUCCUGAACAAUGCAGACCAGGAUCAGUUUGCUCACUGGCUCACAGUGUCUGUGGAGGACAUGGCAGAAACUCUCAGGAAGAAGUUUAAAAAUACACCCUUUGAAACAAAACUCAAACGUCUCCAUGUGAAUCCUGAGAAUGAGAUUUUCAACAGAGUGGUUGGUUGUGGUCAUCGGUGUCCAUUCUGCAAAGUUCCCUGUGAAGCAGGAGGAAGACCCCACACUGAACACUUUGCUUCACUACAUCGGCCACAGGGUCUGGGUAAAUACAAGUUUAUUGCAACAAAGAAACUUACCACCUACAUGUGCACAUCCUUAGUGAUCAGUAAAGAAACAUUUCGCUGCUCUCAAACAAAAUAUCAAAGUCAUCCUUACAAGAAUUACAAAGAAUUUUUUCCAGACUGGAACAUUACUCCAGAUUCCAGCCUUGAGGCAUCAGACUACUGGAAAUAUGUGAUGACAAAAUACAACAAAGAUUUUGCCAAAGUAUAUUAUGCAGAACCUGCUGACAUCCCUGAUUCUUGGACAAAGAUCACAGAGGAACAGGCAAAAGUGAGCCUUCAAGAGUCUUUCAUGAUUAAAUGUCAUUCCUCCUAAACUAUGUCUCGUCUCCAGAGGGAUACAUAGAGGGUCCCCACUGAGAGCUUUUAAUGAGGUUUAAUGUACACUGUAAGUGAAAAGUUUGUAGACACUUUCCCAUUAGAUUAUAGAUAAUAAAUUGUAUUUAAAAAGAUGGGGGAAAAACCACAGCAAAUACAUUUAUCAAUGAGAAAUGUAGUAUAUACAUUUUAUUAAAGGCUUAUUUAUUGUUGCUUUAGUUAAAAUAUGUAACAUUGAAGAUUGUGUAGACCUUUUUUUCUCUCAGAGAUCACUCAGUUAAUUUUUAUAACUUUAACUUGAUAGCAAGAAAAGUUAAAUCAAUGAUGAACUGAUUUCUGAUUCAGAAUGAAUAUAUGAAUUACUGUGUCAGUGACAAACAACACAGAAAUCUGACAAUUAUUUUUGAUUUCAGCGUGUUAAAAAUUGUUUGUGUAGAGUUUACAGGACAGAAAGAUUUUACUGUCAUCAAUAUAAAAAUAUAAAGAUUUCCUUUUUUAACCUGUCACAAUAUUAAAUAUGUGCACUGAUAAACCUUGGCACAUUUGAAAGAAAUUUAAGUUUAAUAACUCGUUAUAAAACUGGUAUUGUAGGAAUCUUGCAUGAUGCACUUCUUAGUAGAUAAUAAGGUAAGAAAAUCUACAAUCUGGAUAUGAAUGUUUUUAAUAUUUCUCUGAUAUGAAUAUCAGUAUACAGUGUAUAGUGUACUGUUUCUAAAUGUCAUUACUUAAUUUGUUUAUAUGUCUAUUUUUACUUUACAAUUCUAAAGCACACUUAGCAAAACACAAAGGAACAAAUUUUUCCCCUUUAUGAAGAUCAUACAAAAGCAGUACAGAAAAUGGCUGUACUGUACAUCUUUAUUUGAAGCCCCAGAAUGAGCUUUUCACCAAACUGAUUGGUGACAAACAGUCUCCUUUCUGCAAAGCUCCUUGUGAAGCAGGAGGAAAAGCCCACACUGAACACUUUGCUUCACUGCAUCGACCAACAGGUUUGGGUAGAUACACAUCCUGUUUCUCCUGUAAACUUGUAACUGACAUUUGCUCUUCUCUUGUGAUCACAAACAGGAAUUUUCGUUGUUAUGACACCUAUCAUAGAUCACACCAUUUAAGAGCUACAAAGAAAUGUUACCAAACUGGAAAACUGCUCAAGACAUGAAACUUGAGGCAUCAGACUACUGGAAAUAUGUAAUGGCAAAGUACAACCAUGACUUUGCAAAAGAGUACAAUGCAAAGCCUGCCAAGAUCCCAAAAAGCUGGAACUAUAUUACACAAAAACAGGCGGAAGCAAGCCUUAAGG